AGCAUUGAAGGAACAGAUUUCAUUUACUCCUAUAGAUUCAUUUUAUUUUCUCCAGUUGGUGCUUGGAACAUAUUAUCCAGUUACGGUCAACGGGAUCGCCUCUAUUUUGGAUAACGCCCAAGGCCUGGGCUUCUUAAGGUCACCAGGCCUACAGAGAUGGCAAGCUACCGUUUCCUCCCUGUAUUUCUCAUGACACUGGCCCUGGCUUGGGUUCAUGGAGAAGAUUUCUCAAAGUCCACCGCUAGCAGCAACUUCCAUAAGCGCAUGAGGAGAGAAUGGAUCUGGAAUAACAUGCACAUUGAGGAAGAACUCAAUAAGACAUUGCCUCAUAUUUUUGGGAAGAUCAAAUCAACCAUAAAGAGUACCAAUGCUAAGUACGUUAUUGAAGGGGAAGGGGCCGGGACUUUAUUCAGAGUUGAUGACCGCACCGGAGACGUGGCUGCAAACGAAAGGCUAGACCGAGAAAAGAAAGCUUCCUAUAGGCUGACAGCUCUCAUUCUUGAUCGUUCCACCAAUAAGCGUUUGGAGGAACCCUCCACGUUUCUUAUCAUCGUCCAAGAUGUUAAUGACAAUGCCCCAGUAUUUGAACAAAGAGUGUUCAAUGGCUCUGUUAAGGAAAUGUCACCACUUGGGACUUCAGUCACGACAGUGACAGCUGUUGAUGCUGAUGACCCAACACUUACUGGCCAUGCUGACAUUUUCUACAAAGUUAUUCAGGGAGACAAAUACUUCAACAUAGACAAGUAUGGAAAAAUCUACACCGCUGCACCUGAUUUGGACAGGGAACAAAACGCUACAUAUACAAUUGUGAUUGAGGCAAUGGAUGGCAAAGGCCUACGCGCACAAGAAUCUGGGACAGCAACUGUCCAGAUUAGAUUGAUUGAUAUCAAUGACAACUUCCCCACUUUUAGACGAGAAACCUUCAAUUUCGAAGUCCUUGAAAACGUCGGUGUCGAUGGUGAAGUUGGCAGACUGGAAGUGCAAGAUAUCGACGAGCCGGAAAACAGAGAUACAAAGUACAGUUUGGUCCGUGGAAAUUCCCUCAAUACCUUUAGAAUAGAACCAAAUCGCUACACAAAUGAAGGAAUAAUUCGACUGAAGAAGCCAUUGGACUUUGAAAAGAUUCCCGCCUACCAGUUGGUUGUCGAAGCUACGGAUGGCACCAUUCAGUACGCACAUUCUAAAAUGAAAGGGUCCAAGAGCAUUGCAACAGUAAACAUCAAAGUCCUGGAUGUUGAUGAACCCCCUGUCUUUGCCCAAGCAUCUUAUACAUUCAGAGUGCAAGAAGAAAGUGAUAUCCAAAAGCGUAUUGGCUGCGUUUCCGCGAUCGAUCCUGAUAGAGCGAGACGGGAAAUCAAAUAUAGUAUCCUAAGAUCCAGUUAUUUCAAAAUAUCCCAGAAUGGGUGCAUUUUUGCCACGAAGCGUCUGGACAGAGAAGAAAUCUCCCAGCAUAACAUAACGGUGGCAGCCAAUGAAAUGGACCAAAUGAAAAAGACAGUGGAUAAUUUGGAAACCCAUGUAACAGUUUACAUUAUACUUGAUGAUAUAAAUGACAACGCACCAGUAUUUGCUUUACCUUAUGAUCCUACAGUGUGUGAAAAUGCUCCACCAGAAAAGGUGAUCAUAAGAAUUUCUGCUGUGGACAAGGAUGAGAUGUCACCGGCAGUGAAAUUCAAGUUUUCCUUGGUGUCUGAAGAUAGCAACUUCACUCUAAUUGACAAUCAUGAUAACACCGCAAAUGUCACCGUCAAAUACGGACAGUUUAAUCGAGAGCUGGUCAAAACCCAUUACUUGCCAAUCAUCAUCUCCGACAACGUCUCGCCCCGGCAGACUAGCACAAACACCCUCUCCAUCCGUGUCUGCAAGUGCGACGAGGAUGGCAAUUUCACUUUUUGCGAAACAGUGGCUAAACAAGUUGGUGUCACCAUCCAUGCGCUGGUAGCGAUUUUCAUCUGCAUCCUCACCCUCAUUGCAGUUAUCCUGUUAAUAGCCUGGAGGAGGAGACAUAAGAAAGAUCUGAAUGUUCUCAAGAAGAACGUAGCCGAGAUCCAUGAGCAGCUGGUGGCCUAUGAUGAAGAAGGCGGUGGUGAAAUGGACACCACCAGUUAUGAUGUGUCAGUCCUCAACUCAGUUCGCCAGAGGGCCAUAACUUCACCAAGGAUGACCAUGGAGAACAUGCCCUGUGUGUACUCCCAGGUACAAAAGCCCCCUGGAAAUGGACUUUCAGGCACUGGAGAAAUGGGCAUUAUGAUCGAGGUGAAAAAAGAUGAAGCUGACAACGAUGGCGAUUUGCUGCCCUAUGAUACCCUCCACAUAUAUGGUUACGAAGGCGCUGAAUCCAUUGCAGAAUCUCUAAGUUCUUUGGGUUCUGGAUCCUCAGACUCGGAUAUCGAUUAUGAUUUUCUGAAUGACUGGGGGCCCAGGUUUAAAAUGUUAGCAGAGCUUUAUGGAUUGGAACCCAAUGAAGAUCUUGUGUACUGAGUGUGGCCCACAGCACAUUUUUCCAACCUUAGCCAUAGACAAUAAGGCGCGAGAGACUGUCAGUUCAGAUGUCAGAAUGAACCAGCUCUUCAUACAUUCUCCAAACAUACGUAAACCAAACAGCUCUUCAUUCAUUUUCAGAGCAGUUUUAGAUGAGCAGGAUGAUAGAAACCUAAACCAAAGCUAGGCUUGUAGAAAUAAAAAAAACAACUAUCUUGUUGAG